AUGGUCGGCAUUACUAACUGGACACCUCGGGAGGUCGUUGCAUUAUCACCACCUGGAAAUGGUCGGCAGGACACCCCAUCACCCACCGGAACAAAUCACAGCUCGCCGGCCUCUGGUCUAGCCAGCAGAAAUGACUCCGUCAUUUUCGUGGAAAAGUCGAUCCCCACGCUCUCGCUUUCGGCCGAUCGUAUCGAGGACGCAAAUUCGACGUGGAUGCCACUUUGCGAUAUGAUUGCUGCGGUAGACCCUGCCCGGCCAGCAAUUCGUUCCCCUGAGCUCAACCUUAGUUAUGGGGAGCUCAUGCGAAUAGUAGAUCGACUCGCUCAACGAAUCCAGACUGCACUCCGCCCUCCAUAUGAGAAUCAGAUUAUUCCUAUCUGCUUCGAGGAAUCUCCAUGGGCAAUAAUCUCUAUGCUGAGUAUUCAUCGAGCCGGCGCCGCUUUUGUUACACUGGACAAGCAUUCUCCAACAGCCAACAUAGAGAACGUACUAAAGAUGACCGAGGCUACGCUUGUCAUAGCUUCUCGUACUAUCGCGAAGAAACGGGCGGAAUCGCUCAAACACCAGAAAGUGAUCUUUGCAGCCGAAGUGGAUUCAGACUUUGCACAAGCCGAGAGGCCGCUGCUUCCUGCGUCCACUGAUCGUCUCGCGUACUGCCUGACAACAAGCGGCAGCACCGGGCUUCCAAAGGGCGUCUUAAUCCGACAGGAGGCGAUGGCUCACAGCAUCACGGCGCACAGUCAUUUCUUCGGCAUCACACCCGAUUCAAAGGUCCUCCAGUUGACAUCGCUUGUUUUUGACCCCUGCCUCACAGAAAUUUAUGGAUGUCUCCUCAACGGUGCUUGCCUUUACAUCCCCAAGUCAGAGACACGGUUUGAGGGCUUGGACCUGUACGUCUCUUCGAUGGGUAUCAAUUGGGCAUUUUUGACUCCCUCAUUCGCCCUUUCGCUCGAUGCUUCAAGAUUUCCAUCUUUGGCAACACUAGUCCUAGGCGGAGAGGCGGUAACACAAGAGUGCGCUGAGAGAUGGGUACCUCAGAGGCGAGUCAUCAAUGGCUAUGGGCCUACCGAAUGCUGCUGCUUCUGUUACGGUCGUGAAAUUCCCACCGACUGCAACUCUCCUUCAACCAUAGGCCGACCUAUCGGAUGCGAAGGAUUUCUUGUGGAUCCGGAAGAUCACAGUAAACUUGUUCCUGCUGGUAGUGAGGGUGAACUUGUUAUCCGAGGCUCAAUCCUCGCGGACGGCUACUUGGGCGAUCCGACUCGAACAGCUGCUGCCUUCGUGCAAUUCCUGGUUCGUGGCACCGAAGAGUCUGAUAAGAAUGGGCAAAUCAUGUACAAAACGGGCGAUAUUUGCCGGUUGAACCCGAAUGGAGACAUGGAAUAUAUUGGACGAAAGGACUCUCAGGUCAAAUUGCGCGGACAGAGAAUCGAAUUGAAGGAAAUCGAGAUGUACCUGCAGAGACUCGACCAGUCCCGCGUGUUCGUGGUGGAUGUCAUCGAAUCUCCAAUCGGCGGGAGCAUUCUCACCGCCUUCUACACUGCUGGGAGACUUGCCGAAGGGAAAAGAAACCCAGUCGUCUUAGCUGAUGAGUCCCGUUCAGAGACUGUUUCGCGAUGGAGGGACAGCCUUGGAGCUGUUCUCGCCCGCUAUAAGAUACCGAACUUGUAUCUAUAUCUCGAGAGAAUACCUCUUUCACUCUCCGGAAAAGUGGAUCGCAAAGCCCUCCGUCAUCUUGGCCAAACGUGGCAAGCUCAGCAACGAUCAUCGCCUACUUCGAGCGUGGUAGCGAAGCCGCGAAGCAAGAAUGCAGAAAUCAUUACGAAUGCAUGGUCACGUGCCUCGGGCGUUACGGUCGAAAAUAUCGAUCCCGAGAGCAGCGUGCUGACGUUCUCAGAUUCCAUCACUGGUCUUCGAGCUCUGAGCUAUCUGAGGACUUCGGGUUUCAGCCUCAGCUUUCAGGACGUCCUACGAGCUCGAUCUAUUCAUGAGCUAGCUGAGCUUGUUGGCCCAGCGAAAAAACCGGCAGCCGCAAGCGAUAGCCCAAAUUCUGGGGCAUUCGGCGAUAAUAAUUUUGCAACCACAGCCCUUUUGCAGCAAGCCAGCAAGAGCUGCAAUAUAGACCUAUCGCAAAUUGAGGAUGUAUAUCCCUGCACGACACUCCAAGCCAGCUUGGUGGCGCUUAGCUCUGCCCGAGAGAAUGCCUUUGUUGCGACAUACCAUUUCCGAUUGCCAAAGGGAGUGAUUCCUGAUUUGCUGCGACACGCCUGGAAGACUGUGAUUGCGGCCAACCCGAUCCUCCGAACGCGGAUAUUUGUUGACGAUUCGCACAAGGCAUGGCAGGCAAUCGUAGCAGCCGAUGUCGACUCGAUACUUGACUAUACACACGAAAUGCCCAUUGGAGCUUACGGACAGGCUUUGCACCACGUCUCUUUAGACACCAACGAGGACGUACUCAAGCUACGAUGGGAUGUGCAUCAUUCUAUCUACGAUGGUGGCUGUUUAUGGGAUAUUUGCCGCGAUGUCAGCAUACUCUACACAAAUCAGACGACGCCAGCGCCUGGCAGGCCGCCCUUCUCCGCUUUUGUCAACUAUCUUGCUGGACGUGAUUAUGACACUGCAAAAUCUUUCUGGCAAACUUCUCUCGGUGGUUUCCAAGGCUCGGCUUAUCCGCCUUUACCGCAUCAAGGUUACGAAGUGGAUGUCAAGAAUCAAUUUCAUUUUGCCGGCAGAAGGGUCAGAUCGCGUGUGCCCGGAAUCACCGAUUCGUCGUUAAUGCGCGCCGCCUGCGGUCUAUCAUUGCGUGCGUUUCAUGAUGCGAACGAUGACGUCGUUUUCGGUGUUACAAUCGACGGGCGGCAUCAUGCUCUGCAAGGCAUUGAGCACAUCUUCGGGCCAACGCUGUCAACGAUUCCAUUUCGUGUGCAGCUCGAUAGUUCCCGAACAACGACCGUUGAGCGUCUCCUUUCCGACGUGCAAAACAUGAGCAUUUCUCUACUUGAGCAUGGUCACGUUGGUGUAGCUGACAUUCGUUCAUUUGAACCAAAGUCGCCAGCGCUCGUAGCUGCAACAAGCUUCCAGACGCUGUUUGUGGUCCAGCGUCCAGGCGCGCAUGAUGUUCCACUAUACGGCGAGCCAAUAUUGUUAUCACAGGAAACACUUGCACAUAGCACGGAAAACAUCGACGCGUACCCCCUGACCGUCGAGGUUACACUCGAGAAUGAGGAUACUUGGAGCGCUGUUGCUCAUUUUGACAACAAGGUCAUCAGUGAAGAGCUAGUUGAGUCCUUCAUGCGCCAUUUCAGUCACAUGUUGGUUACUCUAGGCGAGGCCGAUCCACUUGCGCCCUGCGCACAAUUACCAAAUGUGCCAUUGAGCGAUCUAAAUCUCUUGCGAAAGUGGAACGAGCUCGCGAGUGUGGCUUCCAUCAACUCCACUUUACACGACAAGAUCGAUGAGGUCGCCAUUCAUCUGUGUGACAAGCCGGCAGUAGUCUCCGGCGCGGAGACCUUGACUUAUGCCCAACUCAUGGAUAUGACUGAUAGACUGGCGACCUGGCUGCUCCAGAACGGUUGUGGCUGUGGCGACCUUGUCGUACUUGGAUUUGAGAAGACCAUAUGGAGCGUGGUAGGCAUGAUCUCGGCCAUGAAAGCUGGAGCUGGCUUCGUCCCUCUUGAUAUGGGUCAUCCUCCCGCGAGACAUGCCGAAAUCAUCGCGCAGACACAACCAUCGAUCAUCCUGACCUCCCGGCGAUAUGCUCACGAUUGGCCUGACAAUCGGGCUGCCGUUGUUGACGCGACAUCUAUCGCGCAAUUGUGUGUGGGGCUGGCUACUAAGCGUAACAUCGUUGAUCCUCGAGAUGCAGCAUAUGUUCUGUUCACUAGCGGCUCCACCGGUCGUCCAAAAGGAGUCGUGAUUCAACAUUCCGCAAUUCUGACCUCAUUGUAUGGGUUGAACCGGUACCUUCAAGUCGAUGAAACUACGCGCGGCGCACUAUUCGCCAGCUAUGCAUUUGACGCCUCCAUUUUCGAAAUUUUCAUGACCCUCCUGGUCGGCGGCACUGUCUGUGUCCUUGGGGACGAAGAACGGCUCGACGGAUUCGCCGCUGCAUGCAGUCGCAUGAACGUCAACUUCUCGCUCCUCACACCGACGUUUCUGCGAACACUCCUCCCCGCAGAUGUGCCGACUCUGAAGAAGCUCUGCACCGGUGGCGAGGCGAUAGACGAGGGCCUUAUCAAAGUAUGGAAAAACAGCCUGCAGCUUUACAAUUGCUAUGGCCCAACCGAAACCUCGAUCAUUGCCACGAUGUACCCUUACAGUGAAGGCGAAUAUAACAUCAGGACGAUUGGGAGACCAACGUCCGGACCAGCGUGGAUUGUGCGGCCCGACGAUCAUACUCAAUUGGUCCCUUUGGGUGUGGCAGGUGAACUUGUCGUCGGAGGAUCGCUCGCGAGGGGAUAUCUCAACGAUAGCGUUAAAACUAACGCAGCCUUCGUCGACUCAUCCGGUACAACACUAUUAAUGACUACCAGCUCAAGGACAGGCCGUAUCUAUAAGACCGGUGAUCUGUGCCAGAUGAGCCGGACGGGCGAGAUCAAUUAUCUCGGUCGUAUCGAUACUCAGGUGAAGAUCCGAGGACAACGCCUUGAAAUAGGUGAAAUUGAGACACUACUUCGUCACGAAUCGGUCGGAUCAGCCAUCGUGGUUUAUCCGCGAUGUGGUCCUCUGGAGAAACGAUUGGUGGCUUGUUUCACCUUCUCAUCUCACGGUGAGCGAAAUUCACAUCAGUUGAAUGUUGUGCACAAAUCACGUCAUGAAGCAGCGCGCCAAGUCAUCUCUGAGUGCAGAGCUACCAUUCAGAAGAACCUACCGACAUUCAUGAUUCCCACUGCCUGGGCUCCCAUCGAUCAGCUCCCCGUUCAGGCAUCACACAAGACCGACCGCAAGGCAGUCACAACCUGGGUGGAGAACCUUUCACAGGAGUCGGCAGAUGUGAUCGAUACCAUUGCGCAUGACGACAGCGAAGACAUAGCUGAAUACCAGGCACCUGCCACAGAGGUAGAACUUAUGCUACAACAGAUCUGGUGCCGGGCACUGAAUCUCUCGGCCGAGAAAGUUCCCGUUGACCGUGGCUUCUACUCACUGCAGGGCGCAGACAGUAUCGUUGCCAUGCAGAUCGUUAGCUUGGCUCGACAGCGCCGCCUAAAAAUCACGGUAAGAGACUUACUCGUUCACUCCACCAUUUCCAGACUCGGCAAAAACGUGACGUUCGGUGACACUAUUGCUGCUGCCCCGACCCCCAGGAACAUCCAUCGGCCCUUUCCCCUGUCCCCGGUACAAAUGUGGUACGCGAGCAUGGCCCCAACAGAGAAGCACUACUUCAAUCAAAGCUUUCUUCUACAUCUGCAGAAGCCGGAGUCUGCCGAUGCAUUGCGGAACGCAUUAAAUCUCGUAAUUCAACGACACGAGAUGCUUCGAGCUCGCGCGCUACGCAACCCGGAUGGCACUUGGUCUCAAAUUAUCCUCAAAGAUAACUCCUCAUUUUCUUUCCAGCAUCAUUCUCACGCCAAAGACUGGAACGAGCUGCUUUCCAUAAUCGGCGAGGCGGAGGCUUCGCUUGAUCUCAUCAACGGUCCGAUCUUUCGUGCUGAUAUGAUCGAGAUCGAUUCGGAAGAGUAUCUUUUCCUUGUCGUUCAUCACUUCUUUAUCGAUCUAGUCUCUUGGAGGAUCGUCCUACGCGAUCUAGAAGAAAUUCUAGCGGGCCAGAAUCCGCUCCACAGCGACUCACACUCAUUCCAAGAAUGGUGCUCGUCUCAAGAGAUGCUCUUGAGAGUAGGAAAAUCGGCGUCAUCGACUAUGGAACGACCGGUCAAUAAUCCCUUCGACCAUCGUGCUUUCUGGGGCUUAACCUCGAAGGAUAAUUCAUAUGCGUCGGCCACACGUCAUGCGUUUUCCCUGGAUAUGCAGACCUCACAAAAGCUCCUUGCCAUGUCCAAGGGAAUAGAUCGACCUAGCAUCACAGAUGUGUUCCUUGCUUCCAUCGGCCUUACCUUCCACUCACAUUUCCCUGAACGACCUGCACCAACGGUAUUUUGCGAGGGUCACGGACGGCAAGCCCACCACCACAAUUUGGAUAUUUCGGAUACGGUAGGCUGGUUCACGACUCUGUAUCCUAUCCCCUUACAGGCAUCUGAAGGACAGGAUCUCCACAGCUUGACAUCUCAUGUGCACGCCCUGCGCCAAGCACAAGCCUAUGAUGCCGAGCGAUGGUUUGCAGCCAAGCAGUUUUCCUCUAGUCCGCUUGACGGAGUGAACAUUCCGGAGAUCUUGUUCAACUUUACAGGUAGUUUCCAGAGUCUUGAAUCAUCAGACAGCCUUUUCCGGAAAAUCAUCCUCGAGGAGGGCGAUCUGCUAGAUAUGAGCCCGAACAUGCCUCGCUUCGCUUUAUUCGACAUCUCCGUGGACGUCGUUGAUGGUUGCCUGUCAAUUGCGGUGAUUCACAACAAACAGAUGGCCCGUCAAGACGCGAUUCAGACCUGCUUUGUGGAUCUCAGACAACGCCUUACAGCGUACGCUGCUGAAGACUUGCUGACCCCGGCGUUCAUGUUGCCAUCGCUAACACCUGAGGCUACACGAGCGAUGCUUGGUUCUGUAAAAGGCUCGAUCGAGGACGUGAGCAAAGUAUCUUCGAUCCAGAAGAUAAUGCUGGGUGCUCAGACUAUGAACAACGAAGUCUAUAUUCCUCGGCUUGUUCUUGAGAUGACACGAAGUGAUGUCGCCGAGGAGACAAUCGCAUCUGCUUGGCAGCACAUCAUCGAAAGGUAUCCGUCACUGCGAACUGUGUUCCGCAGCUGCAAUGACGAGCUAUACCAGAUAGUCACCUCCACAGCCAGCUCUACAAUUUCCGUUGCCUCAGGAAAUGAGAUAUGGACUGCGCAAAGAGCUCUGGAGACGCAGUGUCUGGACUUGUCCCAGCAAGAGCUCCCGCAUCGCCUGCGCGUGUUCCCGAGAUCAGAUGGACGUUCAUUGCUCCUGCUUGAGAUGAGCCAUGCCAUUGUCGAUGCCGCAACCAUGGGGAACAUUCUUGAUGAUCUUUCAACUGCAAUGCAAGGUGUUCUGCAGGCUUCUGAUACUGAAAUUCCGUACACUCUGUAUGCUCGGGGUCAGUCCGCAAGGCCGUCCAUAGAAGCACGACAAUAUUGGGGCAAGCUCUUACAAUCCUCUCCACCGACGGUGAUUGGAAAGGCUGACCUGCGUGAUUCUGACUUCGUUCAAAUUCGCAAAAUCGACCUCAAGGCCUUCACCACCACCUCAUUCGCUUCUCACGGAACCAACGUCCCUGCUGUCGCACGCCUCGCUUGGGCCACGGCCCUCGGUGAUCAUCUCAAUCGACCUGACAUCUUGUUCAAGGCCGUCGUUUCCACAAGAUCUCAGCAACGUACUGAUAAUCAAAAAGCAUGUGGACCUUGUAUCACCUUCCUUCCAUGCAGAAUCAUCUUGGACAGGACUCAAGCAUUACACGCCCAGACAUUCGAGCAUCAAGUAGAAUUUCUCUCAUCUCUGGACCACCAAGCAGCAGCUCUCGAAAUCGAGUGUCCGGAAGCAGACACCAUUAUCAACAUCCGCACAGAAGCGCCUGAAGCGAGCUCACAUGCCCGCAUGUUUAACCUUGUGGACGCCAGAGAUCCGUUUCACUUCUCCAUCGUUGUCGAGAUUGACUUAAAGCUGAACGGGGCCGUGGAGGCUCAGUUCACUUACUGGAGAAAUCGCGUUGAUGAAUCAAUGAUCGCGGAGCUCGACGCAGCUUUCGUGCGUGCGAUGCAUGCUAUUUCCGAUGACCUCAAGUCAUCGAGAGUGUUAAGUUAA